CUUCACAAGUUGGACGCUUUGCUUCGUUGCUACCUUACCUUGGUAUGGCGGGUGUGGCUGUUGAGUUGCAUGACUUGGCUGAUGAGUGGGAAAGGGACACCACCAUAAGGGCACGUCUCCGAGACAGUGGGGUGCUUUUCGUUGAGGAAUCUGAGGGCACCCGUUUGGCCACCAACAUCCGUGGAGCUGAGAGGCACGCAGAGGUGCUCCUUCCUCUUCUCCCAAGGCUUCGUCGGGGAGAUGACAUCGGCAUGUGCACGAUUCCCCAGCUUGAAGUUGAGAUUUCCAAGCUCUACAGCAUGGUGAGUGCCACCACAACUUUGCCUUCUUCUCGUGGGCUAGUGCCUGAUUCCCAAAGGGUCAAGCUGGAAGCGUGGUUCUGCAAAGGCUUCUGCGUUUUGGUGAAGAGGAAGCUCUCCCGUGGCCAAGUUCCCAGGUCUAAGGUGUUUCGUCGGCUUUUGAGUGCGCUUUCUGGUCAGAACUGGGACGAUCCAGCAGAACCUGAAGGAGAAGAGGAGCCACACCCCGAGAAUCCAGAGGAGCGAGAUGAAGAUCUAGCACUUGGUGACUUGGGCGAUGGUGGUUCUGAUCCUGAAGGUGAUGCUUCUCCACUUGUCAUCGAAGAUUCACAGCCUGAGCCUGAGGUUGCCGAUGAUGAGAUGGAACCUUUGGCAGAUGAGGCUGGUGGCAAUUCAGUCUUUGACGGUUCACUCUCUGGCUCUGAAGCUCCUGGUGACGAGGAGGCCAUUCCUGCAUCCACUGAUGCUGUUCGAGGUUCUGACAGUGAGAUACCAUCUGACCCGUCUGAGUCGGAGCCUCCAAAGAAGGCCUUCGAGAGUGGAGAGGAGACGGUGGACCACAAGCCCGUCAAGGUUCAGGUCUUUGGGAAGUCGCCAGCCUUUGAGAGAGCCCAGGCCAUCCAGAGAAUGCUUCAGAAUGCCAGGCAGCGCCGUCAAGCAAUGAUUGCUGGCAUUCCUCAGCCGGCCUGUGCUGGCCCCAUUGAGAUCCAUGACAGCCUUCCUUUUGGCGCCGACAAUGUGGAGACCCAGCCGGUGCCAGAAGCUGAUGCGGCAGCUAUGGCAUCCCGCCUUUCCCGCGAAACUGAGUUUGAAGAACCCAAUUUGGGCGAAGAAGAUGCCAAGUUGCUUCGCCGCAAUCAAUUGGACCUGAAACAGGCCAGCAAGGAUGAGGAUGGAGCGUGUGCAGAUGGCCAGAAGCCAGCCAAGGCCCCACGUGGCAGGAAGCCCAAGGGUGGCCCGAAAGCUGCUGCCAAGGCGAAAGCCAAAGCAAAGGCAUCAUCAGCAAAGGCAAAGGCGAAGGCUUCAGCAGAAGCCAAGGCGAAGGAAGAAGGUCCAAAGGCCAAGAGCAGGGCCAGGAAGAACAAGGCAGCAGAUCCUGGUGAUGCAGCCGCUGUUCCAGGACCUGCUGCUGAGCCCAAGCGCAAGCAGAAGAAAGCCAAGCAUUCUGCUGGUCCUGAAGUUGAUCGUGCCGUUGAGGCUGCUGACGCGGCCGUGGCCACUUUGAGAAAGCCCAAGGGGGAAAAGCGCUUUGCCAAGCGCAGGAUGCCCUCCGCCCCGUUUCAACGUGCCAAGUUUGUGGCCAUCCGGGCAGCCUUUGAGAGCAAGAUCAAGCCGCUGUUGACAGCUUUUAGCGCCCAUGAGGACUACUUCUGGACCUUCACCGGCAAGGCUUGGAAGACCAAGCACAUCAGCCUGGACAACAUCGACGCCGAGGCACUUGUCGCGGCAAAGGCAUACGUUGAGCAGCUCGUUGCGACCGGCAUCCUUGAGUGAGCAGAUUUGAGAUUCUGAUAGCAGCAGUUUGGCAUGGGCGCCUACAGGUUUUUCUGAUUUUUUGGAUUGAUG